AUGGCAUGCUGUCGACAAAAUAACAAGGCUGCCUACAUCUAUGCCAGUCUCCCAGUUGUCCGAGGAAACGGAGGCGCAAACCCCGUCGUCACUCUGAUAGACGGAAAUGAGGAAGAUGAUGCAGGCAGAAAUUUGUCUCUUCCAAGAAGUGUGAAACGACGAUGGAAGGAUGGCAAAUCAGUCGAAAUUAAUUUGCUUCGAACUCGGCCUAAAUUUGGUGAUGCCCCGAGCACCGAUGAUCGAGAUCUCGUCGACCGUACUACAAGUCGAAUGUUCCUAAGCUCUUUGGUUCUGAGAACAGUUGGUGAUAUUAUAAAGAUUUCCUUAAGUCGGACCAAUGAAAGGGACAUUUUGCAGCUAAACCUAAAACCGCGUCCUAUUGCUACAGUGGUGGAGGCGAAUGGGAGGAUAUCCAUCCCCACGCAAACUGGUCUCUACCUGUUUGAAAUUUCGGAUGUUGUCGAAACUGACGACUAUGGGAUUCAGACGGAGCAGUUUAUUGAUAGACCAAUCACACCUGUGAUUGAAUUCGCCAAAACCGGGAUUGAUAUUGCCAUCCAGACUGAACCAUGGGAGCUCUUCGAUUUCUACACUGAAGCGGUACCCAUGUUAGAAGUACUGCUGAACAGGAUCAUGGAGCAGUCGUUGAUGGAGGUGAUGGAAGAGGAGGAGUUGGCUGAGAUUCGUGCCAAGCAGGCUGCCUUUGAAGAAGUACGGGAUGCUGAGCUUGCAGAAGUUGAACGACUAGAGGAGCUUAAUCGACGUCGAAGAGAGGAACAGAAGCGAAGGCGGCAGGAGGCUGAGUACGAAGCUCUGAUGCGGCGCCAGACAGCCGAGAAGAUUGCUGCCCGUAGUUUCAUCAAGGCCUACUUGGAACCUCUUUUGCCUAACACCUUCGAAAUGCUCGCGGUGCGUGGCUUUUUCUAUGACGACGUUCGACUGGAACUUGAAGUUAACCUUAUGGAUGGCAUCGUGGAGAAGGCACUGCACCUGCAUUCCCUCGAGUUACGUGGACGAAUUGCUGUUGAUGGUAUCAUUAGAGAAGCAGUCAGACAGCGCCACACGGCAUACCGAGAGUUAGGUCGUGAGCUCAUAAUUGAGGCAAUGAUGGAGAGAGUUGUGCCAGCACUACGCACUCGCGUCGCCGUGGAUUUCAUUGAAAGGAUGGUUGACUUCUCCAUCGACCGGCUGGAGGUAGCCGCGGCUGCAUGGAAACGAGUGCUGAAGAACGUAACCAAUGCCAUUCUGGAUGAGAUUGUGAAUGCGGCGGUGGAGGAUACGAUGUCUCGAGUGGAUGGAACGAAUGCUGCUGGGGCAAAUUUCAUGAAUAAAACGAGGAGGGGCGCGGGGCUCGUAUUUUGCUUUGUGCAGCGUAUGAUGAGGGCGUUGGGCGAGUGGAUUAGUUCAAUUAUAGAUGAACCUGUCACGUAUAUUGAUGAAAGUUGUUUGCUCAAAACGUUGAACAAGUGCUCACUAUGCUUCUCCCCCUCAAAUUCUUCAACUGAGAAGAUAAAAAAUUUCCUCAAUGGAGUUUAUAGAUUCCCGGUUCAUGAGAUUGUAUGCUGGGAUAGGUUAUUCGAUGAUUGUACAGAGUGCGAACUCGUUGCUUUUUUGAUAAUAGUUGGAGGAAUGCAAACACAAUCAGCUAAAUAUUUUGUCAACGCCGCUCUUGCCCUCGAUGAUGAUGUACAAUUUGCAAUCUAUGCCAUAAUUCAGGGCCCUAUGACUCAAAUUGCUAACGAAUCGCGAAUAACGCGAGAGGAUAUACUUAAAGUCCUCCAGCUGACGGAUCAUAAAGUAGAGCACCGUGACCCUUUUCCUGAUAUUGAACAGACAACCCCCGUAAAAAAUGCUGCGACUUUAGACCAUGGAAAUGGCGCGAAUGCUGAGGAUGAAGACAUGCGGUCCUUCACUACAAGCACACCUGUUUCCCGUCACAAACAAGAUGAAUCAAAAAAAAGCCCCCCACGGCCCAGCACAUUAGAGGUAUCUGAAAGCGUCCAGUUGAUGCCACCACCGUCACUUCCACCACCACAACGUCAGCACACGACUUCAAAUGCUGAUAAGAAUCGAGUGCAGCCUCCAAUGUCACCUCUGACUCCACUUAAAACUCUGGUCGAGUCUCCACAUUGGAACAUCAAGAUGCGUCUCCACGAAGCGGAGCAGCGAGCGCGCACAUUGGAGCUGGAGGUGGGUCGAGUGGAAGCGGAACGAGAGGAUGCGGAGGCGGUGUCAAGAGAGUUGCGCCACCAGCUAUCUGACAGCCUCAAACGUGCCCAAUCGGCCGAGACGGAGGUCGUGCGACUGCGACGGGAGGCCCUUCAACUGCGCGACCAACGGGAUGAACUAGUUGAGGCCAAAGCGGAGCUGGUUUUGCAGGCGGAACGUGUCAAAACGUUGGAAGAACGAUUGGCAGAGUCUCAGGCCUCCGUGUCGCAUGUUCGGGAGUUGGAGAAUACUGUAAAGGAGUUCGAGCGUCAGCUGAAUGACAGAGACUCUAGGAUAACGUUGCUGCUGCAGAAGUUGAGUGAAAUGAAGAACCGCGAGAUGGUUAAUGUUGAGGUGGAGACGCUGCGCCUUCGUUUGAAGGACGCCGAGGCUCGGCUAGCCGAGGAGUUGCGGGACCGCGAGGCACUGGAACGUGACGUACGCAGCCAGCAGUCGGUGGUGCAGCAGAUGCAAAUUGAUCGACGCAUUGCGGAGAAACGCUCGCGUAGUCAGCAGCAGUAUCAACACCUCGAGAAGAUCCAACAUUUUGGCAGUGGAGAAAAUGCUCCCGUGGAGACCUCCUUCGAUGUCAGCAUGUCGGCGAUCACCACCAACCUCGCACCGAUGCCCUCUAAUGGGGAGAAUCUUGGUUCCGUCUUUCAUCGUGAGCUCGAGUCAGCUCGGAGUCAAAUUCGCAGCCUUGAAAAACAGCUUCAAGAAGCCAUGGCUCACACCUCUGAAACGGACACUGAAGUCUCUCGUCUCCGCGACUUACUCGCUCAGAUGCAAACCAAACACGACACCAUGGAGACGGCGUUGGUGAUGGCACAAGAGGCACAGGCGGCAGCCGACAUGGCACGCCGCCACCUCACUGAUGAUCUUGGUACUCUGCAGGGUCGCCUGGCCUUCGAGGUCACCGCCGCGGGUUUGUUGACUCCCGAGGCAAUUGCUUUUGCGGAGGCGUUGGCUGCGGCCCUCUCGCGGCGCAACGCUGAGGUGGAUCAAUUGGUGGAGCAGUUGCGUGCUUUCAGGGAUGUGGAGAGGAAGGAGGUGGGCUUGCAAGCUUCUGUGGAGACAAAAUCCACUAGUGCAUCAAUUCAAACAGAGGCUGCGGAGGAAGAGGGUCCGGUGCAGGCGAAGGAUAAAGAGAUCAAUCGGUUGAACGACGACCUCAUUCAAACUUCAGAAUCCCUUGCCUCCGCCACAGAGCAAAUCUCACGUCUGCGAGAGCAAUUGGAGUCGAUGGAGGAGGAGUGCCGACAGGAGCGGGCGCUCUCGGCACGAGCACACCACAACUGCGAGCUAAACGAGCGCGAGGCACGUCGUUUCCAUGCCCUAGUGGAGCACCAUCGCUCUGCUACCGUCGCUUUCGUGGCGGGUCUAGAACGUGGUGGUCUGAUUGAACGCGGCACCUCCUCCUCAGCCUCCUUUACGGAGAGUGAUGUAUCCUACCAGCUCAACUCCCUGUGCUCUCAACUAUUACUCACCUUUGGCAAUCUAGAGGAUGUGCUCAAAGAAAACUGUCGAUUGAAGGAUGAGGUCUGUCUUUUGCGCCAGAAAGUGGAGAAGAGCCGCGAACUGAAACAAAAGCUGCGCAGCUUAAACGAGAACUCUGAGUACCUGGAAUCCGAGGUGCAUCGGUUGCUGAGGAAGCAAAGCCUCCCCAGUGAGCUGCGAAGGUGCCCACACAUUGCAAGACCAAUUGUUGAGGACGCGCAAGACACUGAGGAUGACAGCGUGGCCUACACCGACCUGAGUCAGGUCUCCUCCCAUCUUCCCUUCUCCUUACCCUCCGAUAGCCCUCGUGAUGAUGAUGGUGGUGUUGAACCAGUGGCCCAGCGCCCUCAUCGCCCCCGCGUUGGCGGUAGUGGAGGUGGUUCAAUGCCCCCACCUCCGCCCCCGUCCUCACUCCGUCGUCCCACUACCUUCGAAAUAUCCCCUCCAUCACCGAUCACAGGGCGAAGUAGGAGACAACCUAACCCUUUGCCUCCGCCUCCUCUACCCACUCAUCCUCGGUCUGCACGCUAUAAUUCCAUGGAGCCCUCCACCGCAAGCAAUGUGACGCAGACCUAUCCGGCUGCGCACAGCGGGAAUAUUCGGACACACAAUGCCAAAACCGUCCCCACCCCAGAACGGCCCGAGGAUCUUUUCGCUCGUUUGGCUGAGCUUCGACGACGCAACGACCUUCAGCCCUUCCAUCUACGCACCAACUAUCCCGUGGAGACUCAAGUUCGUUCUUUUUUUGCCACUUUUGGUUGUUUUACGCAGGCUAAAGAUCUACGGAGUCCAAAUGAGCUCUACUCGAUGCUGCAGACGGUUCACAAGAGCGGUCUGGAGCAGCAGCAACAACAACAGCAUUCAGAGGCAGCUACAUCUGCGGUGUCAGGGUCGGGGGUGGAGAGUAGAAGGGAUGCUUCGCCGAUGCCGGCCGGUCGCUCGCUGCGUCCCAAAGGCCUCCAGUCAAUAUCCGAAGUGCUUUUGACUGGUGCCUCGGGUAUUGUGGGCGCGGAGCAUCUUGACCUCUCCUCCACUCGGGCUCGACCCACUGAGUCCUUGCUCGUACCCCGCGGUGGACAGAGUACUACUGGGACCGCAUCUGCACGAAACACCAGUCCAUCUUGUACUGCCGUUAAGAAGCCACCUCUGGCCUUCGAAGUGGAGCUAAGCCCUCGGCAAAAACGGAGAACGGCUCCAGCUCUGAUUCAGCGGAAGACGGCCUCUGAGGAGGGCGUCAAGCGUUCGAAUGGUACUACCUCGAAGAGCACUGAGGAGAAGGCGCCCUCUGUAGCCAAAGUUUCCUCGACAUCGGCAGCCGACCCCUCUACCUCCAAAGCCGGCAAGGACUGGGUCAAUCCUGUGGCGGUGGGAGCGUCAAAUUCGCGGCGGCCGCUGAAGGAGGCGACUGGGAAGGUCGUGGCUCUUCGUAGUCCUCUAAUUCUCGGUAUGUUCAACGGGGGUGGGAGCGUCGCCUGUGCGAAGAUUAAAUCAUUUCUAGUGGGAAUCAUAUGCAGUGACCAUGGUAACAUAUGCCUUGGUCUCAAGGCCAUUGGGGGUGUAUUAGGUUUGGUGGUAAUGUAUCCCGAUGGUACAUGUGACGACAUUAAUGGCGUCAGAGCAUUAAUUUUGCUCAUUGGUUUACCUGCUGCCGGCAAAUCCUACAUUUCUAAUAAAAUUGUGGAUGAAAGCUCCAAAUUUACCUGCAUUUUAAUAGAGUUUGAUGACAAUAUUGUUUUUGGCCAGUCGAAGGAUUUUAAUUGGAAGAGUGAGAGAAAUGCCAUAUAUUCUAGCAUCCAAACGUUUAUAACAGAGUUUGGAAGUGGAAAUCGUUCCUUCGAAACUCAAGGUCUUCAUAUUCGCCUCCCUAAAGAAACAACAGGGGAUCUUCCCGUGGUUGUCAUUUUAGAUGAUAAUUUUUACUAUCGGAGCAUGAGAAAGCAGUACUUUUUACUGUCAAAGGCAUGCAGGUGUGCAUAUCUAACAGUUAGUCUCCGUACUCCGUUAAAUUUGUGUAUUGAAAGGAAUGCCAAAAGAACUCCUUCUAUUCCUUCGUCGGUCCUUGAUCGGAUGAAUGAGCGUUUUGAAUGGCCAGACGCCUCAAACUAUCCUUGGGAACGACAUAACCUGGACUUAAUUGGAACGGAAAGUAAUUACCCAAUCGGCACCAUUGAGGCCUUCAUCGACUCCGUUUUACAACAGCCCCUAAUAUUCAUAGAUAUGACGAGAGUGAAAGCUGAAAAGGAGAAGUCUCGUGCUAUCAACAAAGCUAAUCCAAUUCACGCUCUUGAUGAUGUCUUACGUUCCCUUGUAAAUGCCUGUGUCGCAUCUUUAUCUUCGGACCUUAGGAAGGAGUUUGGAAAGGAUUUUAGCAGGGCAAAAGUUCUCACACUCUUGCAACUGAAGCCUUUAGCCGGCGAAAAAUUUGUGUUACCACGUGUGGAUUUCGAGGCGUGGAUUCAGGCCGCUUUCACCAAGAAUAACAAUAAGGCAGCUUAUGUGUUCGCUAGCCUGCCCAUUGUGAGAACAGCAUAUGAUCGACUGAAAAAUGACCCGCAGAAAACAAUAACCUUACUUAAUGCCAAUCCGGGCACCCAUCCGAAGCUCACGCCCCCACCACCUAAGCUGUCCGACUGUGCUGGCAUCCGCGUCAACCACAAGGCUAAACGAGCCAUCAAUGCACGCAAAUUCGCCCCUAAGGAGUACCGGACUGGAGACACCCUGGCAAGCUUCAUUGGACCCAGUAGCAUGUUAUACGGUAGGUCAACGAAGGCUGUCGACUUAAAAAAACAUUUAGAGGAGAUUGAUCAGCCGGUGGAGCGCGACGACUUUUGGAGUCAGACCGACGAGUUUAUGGCUCGACCCCCUAAACCAGCUUUCGUGCCUGCCAAGACGGGAGCAGACGUUGCAACCCAGGUUGAACCGUGGGAGCUCUUUGACUUCAAUUUGGAAGUGACACCAGUGUUGGAAGUGUUGGUUGGCAAGACGGUAGAGCAGGCGCUGCUCGAAAUGGCCGAGGAGGAGGAGCUCCAAGAGCUUCGAAGACGGCAGUACAUCCAGAUGGAGAUCCGCGACGCCGAUCUUGCAGAAGUUGAGCGACUGGAGGGGCGCAAUAGGCGAUACAGAGAGGAACAGAAGAGACGCAAAGCUCAGGGCAUACAGGCGGCUUGGAUGCGAAAACGGACUGCAGACAAAAUUGCGGCCCGGUGUUUCACCAAGGCCUACCUGGAACCACUCCUUCCCAAUGUUUUCGAGCAGCUCACGCAACGCAGCUACUUCUACGACAAUGUAGAGUAUGAAGUCGAGGUGGAGUUCCUGAGUCCAAUGGUGGAGCGCGUUUUGUGGCUCAAUCAGCUUGAAAGACGCGCUCGCAUUCUCGUGGAUGGUGUCAUACGAGAGGCUGUUGCCCAGCGACACACCGAAUGGCGUGAGUUGGGUAGGGAACUGAUGACACAGGCGCUAAUCAAGCUCUGCUAUCCCAUCAUCGAGCUACGCGUUGCAUUAUGGGUAAUAGACGAGAUGGUAGACUUCCUUGUCCAAUGCGUGUUUGUGGUCGCUACAGCACACAAGGUGGUCGUGGAGCGAAUGGUACAGGAGACAUUUGAGAUGGUACUCGAUGAGACAGCCGAGUGGAUGGAGAAGCAGGCGGAGAAGUCACUUGCAGGGGGAUAUUCUGGACUGCAGGAAAGAGAAGUGAGCAGUGAUAAAAAUGUUAGAAGCGGAAAAUCCUCUAUUCAGAAAGUAGUCUUUCACAAGCUCGCCCCGGCAGAAACCCUUUAUUUGGAAAGUACCAAUAAGAUUGAGAAGAAUGACAUUUCCGAUUGUUCCUUCAUCAAAUUUCAAAUUUGGGACUUUCCGGGUCAUAUUGAUUUCUGUGACUCAAAUUUCCUCUCCGACACUCUUUUCUCUGAUUCUGGCGCCAUCGUUUUCGUAAUAGAUGCACAGGAUGACUACAUGUCGGCGUUGCAUCGCCUGACCUCAACAGUUGAAUACGCCUAUAAGAAGAACCCAAAAAUCAAGUAUGAGGUUUUCAUCCACAAGGUGGAUUGUCUUUUGGACGACCAAAAAAUUGAAAUUCAGCGGGAUAUCGCGCAGCGCGUCAAUAACAUCAUCGAUGACAUCGUCGCUUCGCACAAUCCGGUCAAUUGCAAUUCAUCUAACGUUACGAUCGGAUUCCACCUAACCACCAUCUACGAUCAUUCCGUCUUCGAGGCGUUCAGCAAGGUGGUUCAGAAACUCAUUCCCUAUUUGGAUGCAUUUGAGGACCUCCUGAACAUUUUCAUAUCGAGCUCCAUGCUGGACAAGGCGUUCCUGUUCGACGUAGCCACCAAAAUCUACCUCGCGACGGACUCUACGCUGGUGGACAUUCAGACGUACGAACUGUGCUGCGAUAUGAUAGACGUUGUGACCAACAUUUCCUCCAUCUACACUCCCUCCUCGGAACUCAGUGAUCCACCCUUCUCGGAGCAGACUUCUUCGACCAUUGUGUUGAAUAAUGCGACUGUCAUCUACCUUCGCGGGAUCAAUCGGUACAUGGCGUUGGUGUGCAUUCUGAGGGAGGAGUCUCUGGAAAAAAUAGGCAUUAUCGAAUACAACUACCAGGUCGUGAAGGAUGGCAUUCAACGCAUGCUGAGUGUGAAUCAGCAGGCAAUCAAGUCCCAGCGUUCUUCAAUUUACCUCACUGACCCUAGCAACGAAAUGUCCGAGGGCAACGGUGACAAUGUGGCCAGUAGUAACAGCAACAACAAUAGUAACAACGUCGAAGAUCCUGUGGUGUGA